AGUAGAAAAUGCCAGGAACAGAGAAAGAGAGAAUCUUUAUCGACAGAGUGUCCCAGAGAGAGAGAGAGAGAGAGAGAGAGAGAGAGAGAGGAGAGAGAGUUGAGAUGGGUUCUCCUUCUGCUGCUUCUUCAUCUUCGACUGAGAAACGCAAACAAGGACUUGGAUGGAUGGAAUGGCUGAGAGGGUGGUUCUAUGUGAUAUACGAAUUUCUUUUUCAAAGGAUUACGGCGAGCCAUCUUGAGAACCCAAUGCCUUUGCCUCCGCUCAACGAUCUCACCUGCAUCAUAACGGGCUGCACAAGUGGAAUUGGCCUCGAAAUGGCAAGGCAGAUGGCAGAGUCGGGGGCACACGUUGUUAUGGCAGUGAGGAACACCAAGGCAGCUCAUGGGUUGAUCCAGAAGUGGCAAAAUGAAUGGUCAGGAAUGGGACUCCCUCUAAACAUUGAGGUGAUGGAGCUUGAUCUUCUCUCGUUGGAUUCUGUUGUGAGAUUUGCUGAAGCAUGGAAUGCUCGUUUGGGACCUCUGCAUGUUUUGAUCAAUAAUGCAGGCAUCUUUUCAAUUGGAGAACUGCAACGGUUUUCAAAGGAUGGGUAUGAGGAACACAUGCAAGUGAACCAUCUGUCUCCAGCAUUGCUUUCGAUAUUGCUUUUGCCAUCUCUUAUUAGAGGCUCUCCAAGUCGCAUUAUUAAUGUGAACUCCAUUAUGCAUUUUGUCGGCUUUGUUGACACAGAAGACAUGAAUGUCGUUUCUGGAAAAAGGAAGUAUACAAGUUUAGUUGGAUACUCAAGUAGCAAGCUAGCACAGGUCAUGUUUAGCAACAUCCUGCAGAAACGGAUACCUGCUGAAGCUGGUAUUGAUGUUGUAUGUGUCUCACCUGGCAUUGUCCACACAAAUGUUGCGAGGGACCUUCCUAAAAUCAUUCAGCUUGCGUACCAUUUGAUACCUUAUUUUAUAUUUAGUGCUCAAGAAGGUUCUAGGAGUUCACUUUUUGCAGCCACUGAUCCUCAGGUCCCAGAGUACUGUGGGCUGUUGAAGGCAGAUGACUGGCCUGUUUGUUCUUUUAUUUCUCAUGACUGUCGCCCAAUGAAUGCCUCCGAAGAGGCACACAACAUAGAAACUUCACACAAAGUCUGGGCGAAGACAUUAGAACUGAUUGGACUUCCUUCAGAUGCUGUAGAGAGGCUACUGGAAGGGGAAGAAAUCCAAUGCCGGUAUGGCCCCAGCCGGGAAUAAGAUUUUGCAGAUGCCUGUAACAUGACUCACUGCUUUACCGGUUGGGUGGUUGGUUGGUUGGGUUAGAAAUUGGAAGAAAUUUUGCCGUUGCUUUGUGACUGACUCCAUUCAGUUUAGGAAAUUCAAAUUGGGCAUUCAGGGCAAGUUUUCUACUUUAUUCUUGCUGUUUCAGAUGAUUAUUACUGAAGACUGUUUCCAUGGCUUGCUCAUCUGAUCAUGUUGAAGUGUUUCUGCGCCAAUGUAUUAGAAGGUUCAUAGAUUCACUAGAAUUAGCAUUCUAGUAUAUAUUACAUUAUGAUUGUAAUACAUAUCUUAAAAUAGUUCUAAUGAAGUUAGAUGCACAUCUAAAUUAA